CAAAAUCAUGACUGAUCCAGAACUUCAGCUGAUAGUUUUGACAUUGACGCAGAAUUGUUACUUCUACCGUAUGGACAUAUAUUUUGUCGGAUCAAGGGUAAAUAGCCAAUGACAUUUUCACUGUCGUGUACCAAUCCUCGACGCCCGGUGCACUCGGGCUGCAGUUGAACAAAAUAUUCAUUUCUUGGAUUCUCCAGUGCAACAUUGCGACAUCCUCAAUUGGGAGUAUCAUUUCCAUUCAUGCGUUCCUUGUUGAUGGCCCUCUCCUUCUUUCCCUUGAUAUAGGUGGACAGGUCGCCGACAGGGAGAGUUAGGGGGAAGUCGACCGCUUCGAGCAGCUGCACUGCAAGCACAUACCAUAUCAUCAUCGUGAGGGCGAAGGUGAAUGCUCCAGCGGCCUGUGAUGAUAAUCAGUCAGCAUUUGGUGCGCGGAUGGGAGGCCAGCAAACAAACAUACCACGGUCAGUCUCUCGCCGGCGUGGACGUUGCCGAGGGCCAGGUUCCAGAAGGCGCCGGUGCCGCAGCCGAAGGCGAAGAUCAGCGUGAAGAGCGCGCUGAAGAAGACGAUGUUGGUUCUCAAGGCGCACACGGUGAAGAUUGUCGUCACCAUUGCGAGGGAAAGAUAGUAGAACCCUAAACAACGGCAGCACAGGGACGAGUUAGCUGGACCGACUAUAUUACGGCUUCAAGGGGUAGGGGGACCUCAGGGAACACUCCUUUCCGACUCAGAACAGGACAGGACGGACGUACCGAAGGUGGCAUAAUACCCUGGCUCCGUCAUGCCUUGGAGAUUGCUCCCGCUCGGAGAAUACUGGAGGCCGACGCCAAACCAGGGGACCAACUGAGUGCCGGCAACGACCCAGAACGUGCCGUAGGUGAAAAACAAGCACAUUGAGAACGUAUUGCCCAGGAUCCAUUCCAUGAUCGCGCCGACGAUUUGGAGCAUACCGCCGAAGAAGAUCAUUGUUGGUCUGUUCAAUACCAGCCAUCUCAGUCAAGGUACGCAAAAGGGGAAGGAAGCGUGCCUGCGAGCGAGCCCUCGAAAGAGCUCUCGAAGCAUGGCACACGGAAAAAUGGGAGGGAUAUUCCACGCUUGUUAUAGAGUGUUGCUCGAGCAGCAGCAGGACUCACAUGAUGGCACCUCCUGCACCUCCAGCUCCACGCCAACCCAUAUUGGCGGCUGCGUAUGGCGUCGCAGCCAUGACGAAACCGAUCAGACAAGCUGGCGUUGGGUUACCGAACUAAAGCCAGAAAGCAAAAGUUAUUGAGCCGUACAAAGGAGUUAAGUGACUGGCCGAAGGGGGAAAAUUCUGUCAUACCUUCUUCCUUAGAUCGCCGGGAACAUUGCGCUCGGGAUUCAGGUAGAGAGCUUCAAAGACCUCGCGCGGAAGGAAGACGCUUUCUGCUGUCUGCACUCGACGGAGCACAUCGUCGCGCGAGGUCGACUGACCCAAUGGGGCGCCUUUCGUCUCGUCCAUGGCUUUUGAAAAUGGACUUUUCCUCUUUGCUGGUGAGAUCGAUAGAUGAUAUCUUUUCAAAUCGGGGGCGUGAAUAUGGAUGUAUCACAGUAUACUGCGACGGUAGGCGUGCGGCUCAAAAAAGACCAAGCAAUGGACAAGAAAAGGGGCUUGAGUACCGAGGGUUGGGUAUUGGGCGGACGCCAGGGUUUUAAAAGCUUGAACUUCUUCCCUCAACCAGGUGGGUGACAGGGAAUCCUAUGCACGUUCUUGACGUCCUAUGCAGCUUGCACGAGUGACACCUCGGUAAAAGGAUGAGGCAUGACCAAAUACUACUGUUGCAGUAGCCGGUAGGCCCGACGAUGUGGAAACUCUGGAACCGAGAGCAGGCUUUUGAUUGAUAUUGUGCUUGAGAAACUUCUAUCUUCGUUGGGCCGGCAGCUGUAGCAUCGUACGAUCUUUGCAGCAAUGCAUCACUCACGGAGAGUCACCGGUGCGGGGAGCCAUUGAGCUCAACGAGGGUGGACCUUCUGGCAAGGGAUUAGGCGAUUCCGGGGUCUUAUUGCGGGGAGCAAGCUCUGUCAUGAUGAUUGUGUGGGAAAGAUGCUGUCAUAAUGGUAGUUGCGAGACGACGACAACUGCUGAUCGCAUCCACAGCGACGCCAGGAACCCGGGUUGCGAUGAUACCGUGGUAGGCUCUGCACUGCUCUGGCAAGAGCCCGGAUCUUCAUGCGUUGCACAAGCCCGGCAAGUCCACGUUGCGUCCGGGUUGUUCGCAAACAUCGAUGCCGGUCUUCCGUAAAGGCAUGCGUUUGUGCUGAGCAUCAUUGGUGCGUGUGGGAAAUGCCAUGAUGUGUGCAUCUCGAGAUUCAGCACAGAAGCUGUCACACGUCCGAAUGGCCGAACUCCUUUACCUUGGCCAGGUGCCGAGUCUUCUUCUCCAGGUUGGUAGCGGCAGAGGUGCGAGGCAUGUGCAGACUUGUUGAUUUCAUCUGAUGAAUACCGAUGGCUAGGAUCACUAGCCGCUGGUUUGGCUUUGGAGGACAACACUCUGUGCCAGCCUUAGGACUUCUUCUGCUGCCUGUCUUACGCGCGCAAGAUGCGACAACUGCGGGGCCGAGAGUUGCUGGUCACUGUCUCUACGCUCGUCCAUGAACACAAUGUUCCUUUCCAAUAUCUUGAGGUCAGAGGAGGCGGCCGCACUAGCAGGAUUGAGCAUGAUGUUGCAAAACAGGUUUAAAGUUGCUGAAAGCGGAUAGAAUAUCACCACCCUACAAGCAAACAGCCGUUGUCAGCCUCGAAAGUUCAUCUGCCUUGACCUUCGAUUCGAAAUUCCACUUACCAGAAAAUAUGAGGGGUGAGGUAGUGCUCGACAGAGGUAAAGUAUAAGAGCAAGGACCGGCUGGAUUCUAGAGCGAGAUCGAGGCUGGAACCCAGACCCUCGGCUGUCCGGUGAUUGCCGGCCCAGUUUGUACAGCGACUGCUUGCCUGAUGGAUCGUUGUCAUACAAUGAUGAUAUUCCAGGCGUAUCAGGAAUGUCAUCAUGUCGAAGUUGUCCUUGUCAAGGACAUGACUUCGUUGCUGUGAGAACGAGAGGGUUGGUCGUCGCUUUGGUGGCAACGACUGUCUCCAGUUCUCCAGCAUCUCAUCAAGCUCUCGUAUGUCUUUCAGGAUCUCGGCAUCAGCUUUUCGUAAGGCGUUAGGAGAGUACAAUUUAUCAUAGGCCUUCGAUUUUAUUAGCGUCAAACGCAAGUCACUGGGUAAGCGAGGAGCCCCUUGGAAAUCCUGUUGGAUCUGUUGCCAGUAGUAUUUCGGGAAAGUCAGGUCGCAAGCGGUGUCGUUGAUGAUGGGUGGACGACCUGUACGGAAAGUGAUCUCUUUAUCCAGAACGUAGCAGAUCCAGAAGACAUCCCUGAGAUGGAGUGUCCUCCGGGUUUCGAGGCUAAGGGAAUGGGACGGAAGGCUGUCUGUCUCUGCUCCUGGGUAAAGAUGCCCCCCCAGCAUGAAAAGAAACCUUGAGACGAGCGCGAGUAUGAUGUCGACAGCAUGAACGUUGCCGCAGCCAAAUUGAUACACGGCCUAAACAUGUUAGCCAUGCCAUCUUGCACCAAGUGGCUUCGCCCAGUUAGGGGGCUGCUGCUUGAAUGGGAGACUUACGAACAUCAUCAUGGCAUCCACCACUUCAGUGCUGGGUCUAGCGUUCAAUAUGUCAGGUACCAGCAGCUGUGCGGCCGCGAUACAUUGUUCCAAAUCAAUAGGUGGAAGAUCUUGGUCGGCUGGGUGGCCAGCCGUGGAUGUAAAGGCGAUGAACGAGAAGAUACACGCUUUGGUCGCCAGUAUACCAGCCGAAGCAGUAUCGUGUCUGUAUGCUCUCUCGAUAAUCAGGGGAAAGAGCACUUUGUCCGCAAUCGGGAACGCAUCUGAGAACGAGGAGCUCAGAUAAUAGUGAAAGUGCUUUUCGACAGAUUGGCGAGGCGGUAGGACUGCCAUGUCCCAUUGAGUCGGAUUGACGAAGGUUGGCAGGGCUGGCCAGGCUUGUCGCUGAUUGUGCCAGAGAGGGCUGUCAGACUCUUCGCGAGAGUCUUCAGCAGACUUCAGACCAAUCCAUUGCUGGCCGUCCCGAGACAAGAAGGGAACGCCAUGAAAAAGGUUGAUAUCACCCAGUCUAUAGCCGGCGCAAUAGAUUCGUCCAAGCGUCGCCAAAUCUGGGGCUCCAUUCUCUGGCGAGCAUUUGGCUUCAACUUCGAUGCGGCCUGGCGUGACGUCGAGGUCGUGAUUGCUCCCGUUCGACAAGUCUGAAGAGGGUGAGUCGGGAAACUAUUGUUCAAAGGUUUUGUCUCUCACCGAUUUCCUUCUUGGGGUGGUUCUCGGCCAGAAGCUUUUCGAUCCGUGCCAAACGCUCAACGAGAUUGCUCUCUCUCAGUUUUCUGCCACCAGUCAAUGUUGAUCUUCUUGGAGACCAUAGAGCGAGGGCUCGAACCGCGACCGACUUUCUCUUUUCCGUCCCCCCUGUGAUCGGUUGAACGUACAGUCCAGGUCGUGGUGUUUGCACCAAUUACAUUGAGGCCGGACGCCAUCACAUUUGAUCUAAGACUGUCAGACUGUGCAGAUGCCACAAAGGUGAACAGAGGUAUCGUAUCGCAUGACGGUCUCAUGGGUAGAUUGUGUAAUUUGGCACGAUGGCGCCAGUCGAGGAUAAACAGCAGCGAGAACAAUUUGUGUGGCAGGAGGGUCACAUGUUGGAUGCCAGAUGUAUUGCUGUAGCCACAGUGGGCUCUUCACCACGCAACUGUCCUUGCUGCCGUUUAUCCUCGACUGGCGCCAUAGUGCCAAAUUACACGAUCUACCCAGGAGACCAAGGUAAUUGCUUGAUUUUCGGGGUCGAUAUUGGGGGUUCAACCUUUCUUCGGUGACAAGAAUCACAAGCACGCAGAGUCCGCUUCGUGCUACCCUCGCCAACGACGGACGUAUCGGGGGACGAAUAGUGUGGGGUUUCCGACAUGGGCACUUUUCAAGUUGACCACCUAGCGGUAUUGAAAACGACGUGCCAGGCCCGGCAGAUGUAUGAAGGUCCUAGUCAAGCACCCAACGAGGUUUUUGAGAUUGGCGGCAUGCAGGGAAGCCAGCUUGACUAAUCGGGACACUGAUAUUACCUCUGUGGUUGAAGAUCGAGUAAGAAGCCUUCAAAACGCCAUGGUUUCUACUCGCACGAGAAGAAAUGCCACUAGAACGCGAAGAGAUUCGUGAUAAGAUCAAGCAUCUUUGAGUUGGUCACGUGGUUGGGACGGCCAAACCAAUGUCCCGACGUUACCGCUAAGCAUGUGCUCACUGCCACGACUGCUCAGGUACCACACACUCUCAGUACCUUGCACCAUCGACGUUUUCUCAAACCCACCUUAUCACAGUCCUUGCCCACUCAAUCCAAUUAUUCUAAACAAAAUAUCUCCGCUACAGCCAAGGCCGAAUGGAUAUGUCGACUCCGGGUUCCGUCAGCCGAUCUGGCCGACGGAGGCCUUGGCAAUGCGUUCAUAUUGCGCUUACUCUGCAGUACACCGCCGUUGCAAGCGCCAUCGAUGCCUCUUCUGAACAACGUCUACCCGAAUCAAGGCGGCAAGCGGACGGGCUACUCCACGUGGGUCACGGAAGUAUAUGAUAUACAUGAGCCCUCCUUGCUACUGAGUGUCAAGAAGCCAUCUCACCACAACAGGUUGCCGUCCCGGCCCUUGUUGGGAAGAUUGACUGAACUGCCUGUCUUGUGCUUAAUCAGCGGCACCUUCAAACAAGCCGGCGCCGUUGUGGGGCCCUGACAUCUCUCAUUCAUCUGUGACCCGUCUGAAGACUCCAGUAAGCACUGACUCUGACUGGCCCAACAGAAGCGGCUCCCUCGUCUUCCGUUUCAUAUGCAUUUCACAGGUUUGGCAGGCUGGAACCUACCACGCUAUCAUGUCGAUAUUAUGCAAUGCUGGUUGCGGUCGGCUUCGAGUAGCGGCCGUGCACAGCAUCCGGCACCGAGAGCUCAGCGUCACGGGUAUUAAUACGUUGGCCUAUCCCCCACCUCAGGCCUGUCAGCAGAAUGCGAAAACCCUGUGUGCUCCUGCCAACGAUGGAUGUAUGUGAGGAUCGAUUGAACAAGACCGAUGCUCCUCAUGAGUCUGGUCAAAAGUCAGGUAGUGGUGAGGAUGAUGCCAUGACAACUGCAAUCGACCAAAGCAGGACCUCAAGGACUAGCGAGGCUUUUGCGGACAACUGGAAGCUCGCACAACAAGUGAAAAUCAGCCAUCAACGAAGCCUAGAGGCCUUUCCGAAAGAGAGAAAGCUUGGGGUUACCUGGACCAACCUUACAGUGAAAGUGAUCAGUGCUGAGGCAAGCAUACACGAGAACACACUCUCUCAAUUCAACGUCCCUCAGAUCCUGAAGGAAUCCCGCCACAAGGCCCCUCUUAGAACUAUUCUCCAUGGUUCCCACGGCUGUGUCAAACCUGGAGAGAUGCUUCUAGUACUAGGUCGACCCGGCUCUGGCUGCACAACACUCUUGAAAACAUUGGCGAACAGACGCGGGGGCUUCUCUGCGGUUGAAGGCGAUGUGUGGUACGGAUCUAUGGGUCACGAAGAAGCAAAGCGCUAUCGGGGCCAGAUCGUCAUGAACACUGAGGACGAGCUGUUCUUUCCCACCUUGACCGUUGGGGAGACGAUUGAUUUUGCCACCCGACUCAAGGUCCCGUCCCAUCUCCCGAAAGGUAUCCAGUCACAGGAGGAAUAUCAACAAGCGACACGAGAUUUUCUUCUUGAGUCUGUGGACAUAUCUCACACAAAGGAUACAAAGGUCGGGAAUGAGUACGUCCGAGGCGUAUCUGGAGGGGAAAGAAAACGAGUGUCCAUAAUCGAAACUUUAGCAACCCGUGCCUCCGUCUUUUGCUGGGAUAACAGUACCAGAGGCCUUGACGCAAGCACAGCUCUGGAGUACACCAAGGCUAUUCGGUCGAUGACGGACAUACUGGGUCUCAGCUCGAUUGUCACACUAUAUCAAGCUGGUAACGGCAUCUACGGUCUGUUCGACAAAGUUUUGGUGCUUGAUGCCGGCAAACAAAUAUACUAUGGUCCGAUGAAGCAAGCACGACCUUUCAUGGAGGAUCUUGGCUUUUGGUGUCCACCAGGUGCAAAUAUCGCAGAUUUCCUUACUGGUGUGACCGUCCCGACCGAGCGACAGAUUCGACCUGGCUAUGAAGACAGAAUUCCGCGAAGCGCCGACGAGCUGUUGAAACACUACGAAAGAUCACGAAUCUAUGAACAAAUGUCAGCAGAAUAUGAAUUCCCCAGUUCAUCCGAUGCAGAGGCAAACACCAAAGCUUUCCAAGAGUCUGUCACCAACGAGAAAGACAGACGGCUUACACGUUCGAGUCCCUUGACAACUGGAUUUGGGACACAAGUACGAGCAUGUGUCUUGCGCCAAUAUCAGAUUAUAUGGGGCGACAAAGCCACUUUCUUGAUCAAGCAGAUCUCCACCAUUAUCCAGGCUUUGAUUGCUGGUUCGCUGUUCUACAAUGCUCCCAACAACUCCGGCGGUCUGUUUCUCAAGGGAGGUGCGCUAUUCUUUGCUCUUCUCUAUAACUGUUUGGUGGCCAUGUCUGAAGUCACCGAUUCUUUCAUGGGGCGUCCUGUACUGGCCAAACACAAAUCUUUCGCAUUCUUCCACCCAGCAGCCUUCUGUAUCGCACAGAUUGCAGCAGAUAUCCCGCAACUCUUGGUUCAGAUUACGACUUUCUCAUUGAUCCUCUACUGGAUGGUCGGUUUGGCGGCUUCAGCAGGACAAUUCUUUACCUUCUGGAUCAUGAUAUUCGCCUCCACGAUGUGCAUGACUGCAUGUUUUCGUUCGAUUGGUGCAGCCUUCACUACUUUUGAUGGUGCCUCUAAGGCUUCCGGCUUUGUUAUCAUGGUAGUCGUCAUGUAUGAAGGAUACUUGAUCGCAAAGCCUGAUAUGCAUCCCUGGUUCGUAUGGCUGUUUUGGAUCGAUCCUCUGGCGUACGCAUUUUCAGGAAUCAUGGCCAAUGAACUUCAUGACCGUCAUAUUCCCUGCGUUGGCACGAAUCUUGUUCCGUCGGGCCUUGGCUAUACUGACGCUCAGUAUCAAUCUUGCACAGGCGUUGGCGGAGCGAUCAAAGGCCAGACAUAUGUGACAGGUGACGCUUAUUUGAAGUCACUGUCCUACAGCCAUUCACAUGUCUGGCGGAACUUUGGCAUCGUCUGGGCCUGGUGGGCGCUUUUUGUUGCAAUCACCAUCGUAUGUACUACAAGGUGGAAAUCCGAUUCCGACAGGGGAAGCAAAAUGCUGGUGCCCCGAGAAAAUGUCCACAAGACUGGCCAUAUUCUAGGCGAUGUCGAAUCGCAAACGAAGGAAAAACAAGUUGUCAGUUCCGACUCGUCGCUGAAAGAACAACCUCCCACCGCUGGCGACAGCUCAGAAACCCUGAUACAGAACAGCUCCGUGUUCACCUGGAAAAAUCUGUCCUACGUGGUCAAAACUCCCCACGGCGACCUCAAACUUCUUGAUGAUGUUCAAGGAUGGGUUAAACCAGGGAUGCUAGGCGCUCUGAUGGGCGCUAGUGGUGCAGGCAAGACGACCCUGCUUGAUGUUCUGGCUCAACGGAAAACUGAAGGGACAAUUCAUGGUUCGAUACUUGUCGAUGGACGGCCGCUUCCUGUCUCAUUCCAAAGGUCUGCUGGGUAUUGUGAACAACUUGACGUGCAUGAGCCAUACGCGACCGUUCGAGAAGCUUUGGAAUUCUCGGCGCUACUCCGCCAGUCUCGACAAACACCGAAAGAAGAAAAGCUCAGAUACGUGGACACGAUUAUUGACCUUCUAGAGCUCGGCGACAUCGAGCAUACUCUCAUUGGCUUUCCCGGCGCCGGUCUAUCAAUCGAGCAACGGAAGAGGGUUACAAUCGGUGUCGAGCUCGUGGCUAAACCGAGUAUCCUUAUCUUCCUGGAUGAGCCAACGUCCGGUCUGGAUGGCCAAUCAGCUUAUAAUACGGUCCGCUUCCUGCGCAAGCUUGCGGACGUUGGACAAGCCGUGCUGGUCACCAUCCAUCAACCUUCAGCUCAACUCUUUGCCCAGUUCGAUACCUUGCUUCUACUUGCGAAGGGUGGAAAGACCGUCUACUUCGGUGACAUCGGCGACCACGCAAGUGUCGUAAAAGACUAUUUCGGACGCUAUGGAGCGCCUUGUCCUCCCGCCACAAACCCAGCAGAGCACAUGAUUGAUGUUGUGUCCGGCCCUCUGUCUCAGGGUCGUGACUGGGCGCAGGUGUGGCUGGAGUCCGAGGAACACGAAAGAAUGACCAGAGAGCUGGACGAUAUCAUCAGUGAGGCUGCUGCGAAGCCUCCUGGUACGCACGAUGAUGGAUUCGAGUUCGCCAUGCCAAUGUGGUCUCAGAUUACGGUUGUCACCCGGCGUAUGAACCUUGCACUCUUCCGCAACACCGACUACACAAACAACAAGUUCGCUCUUCACAUAGCGAACGCUCUUUUCAAUGGAUUCACUUUUUGGAUGAUCGGAGACGGUGUCGGCGACCUGCAGCUCAAGCUCUUCACCAUUUUCAACUUCAUCUUUGUGGCUCCCGGAGUGAUCAAUCAGUUGCAGCCUCUGUUCAUUGAACGCCGUGAUAUAUUUGAAACCAGGGAGAAAAAGUCCAAGAUGUACAGCUGGGUUGCUUUCGUCACAGGACUGGUUGUCUCUGAAUUCCCAUACCUCGUCACCUGCGCGGUCCUGUACUUCGUCUGCUGGUACUACACUGUCGGCUUCCCCAACAACAGCGACAGCGCGGGCGGCACCUUUUUCGUGAUGCUGUUCUACGAGUUCCUCUACACCGGCAUUGGGCAGUUCAUUGCCGCGUACGCACCCAACGCGAUCUUCGCUUCCCUGGUCAAUCCUCUCAUUAUUGGGAUACUUGUGUCGUUCUGUGGUACGCUCGUACCCUACGCUCAAAUACAAGCGUUCUGGCGCUAUUGGAUUUAUUGGCUUAAUCCUUUCAAUUACCUCAUGGGCUCUCUGCUUGUCUUUAAUGUGUGGAACGACAAGGUUACCUGCAAGGAACGGGAAUUUGCACAUUUCGACACCCCUGGCAAUGUGACUUGUGGGGAGUACUUGUCUGACUACCUUCAGACCGGAACGGGCCAACUUGCCAACCUUGUGAAUCCGGACGACCGGGGCGGCUGCCGAGUCUGUGAGUACAACACGGGUGCGGACUAUUUGUACACGCUCAAUUUGAAGCACCAGUACGAUGGAUGGAAAGAUGCGGCUAUCGUGGUCAUCUUCACUAUCAGCUCUUACGCCCUGGUCUACGCUUUGAUGAAGCUCCGGACAAAGCAGAGCAAGAAGGCUCAGGGUUGAAGUGCGCCCCGGAGAACAGCGACCGGAGGUUGGUGCAGGAAAUCAUGGCCGCGAGAAGAGUCAUUUGUUGGGUUGAUGCUUUUUGGGCGGAGUAUCAUUGCGGAUAUGGCACACUUAUGGUGAUAGAAUUGGUGCAUCGACACAGUAGACUUUGUACAUUAAUGGUGUCAAGUCUGACUGCAUUGGGAGCAGUAUGGUAAUAGAAGAUAGAAGAUAGAAGAUUAGAAGAUAGACUGUAUAUUUUUACUUUCUUGUUGGAGCGGGCAUACAAUGAUAUUCAGCUUCAGCAGACAUUUUCU